CGUUCUGCUGUCCCAGCUGAGGCGCGAUAAGAGGGCCCGGGACGACACCCGCGCGCCGCUGCCGCCGGCCUCCAAGGCCGGCCGUUCCUCCGCGGUCCGUCCGGGGCGGGGGCCGCGACCUCCCGAGACCAGCAGCGGACCUGGCCCGGGAGCGGUGGCCGCGGCGCAGGACGCGCGCUCCGGGCGCCGAGGCCCCUCCCCGCGCCCCCGCGGGCUGCCCGGCUCCCGCCCCGCGCCUCGGCGGGGAGGGCGGGCGCGACCGCGGAGAAGGGGCUUUGCGAAUUGCCAGAGCAGGAAGUGAGCGCGAGGAAGGACCGCAGAGGCCGGAGGAGGCGGCGCGGGCGCUGGAGCGGGGCGCGGGGCGCGGAGCGCGGAGUCUGCUGCGGGCGCGUGGGGCAGCCGGACGUCCCGACCCUACGGUGCCGCUCUCCUCCGGGCCCCCGAGGCCGCCCGACCUUGCUGGGGCGCUGGUCCGCCCUCUCGCCGCCCCCAUGUCUUCUCCAAACGACCCUCUGCGCGCAGAUCACAUGGCAAAGGAGCCAGUGGAAGACACGGACCCCAGCACUUUAUCUUUUCACGAGUCAGACAAAUAUCCCAUUCAAGAUACGGGACUCCCUAAAGUUGAAGAGUGUGACGCGGUUACUUUGAACAGCCCGCCAAAUCCUGAUGAGCAAGACCAGGGAGAAGAAAAUGGCCUUCCGGACAGCACUGGAGAGCCUCUUUCAGGUGUCACUAAGGACCAGUCCUGUAGAGAAGACUGUACUUGCUCCUCCUGCUCGCUCCGGGCCCCCACCAUCAGUGACUUGCUCAAUGAUCAGGACUUACUAGAUGUGAUCAGGAUAAAGCUGGAUCCAUGUCACCCGACGGUGAAAAACUGGAGGAAUUUUGCAAGCAAAUGGGGCAUGUCCUAUGACGAACUGUGCUUCCUGGAGCAGAGGCCCCAGAGCCCCACUCUGGAGUUUCUGUUCCGCAACAGCCAGAGGACAGUGGGCCAGCUGAUGGAGCUGUGCAGGCUCUAUCACAGGGCUGACGUGGAGAAGGUGCUGCGCAGGUGGGUGGACGAGGAGUGGCCCAGGCGGGGGCGUGCAGACUGCCCUGCGCACUUCUAGCGCUGCUCUGCACGCUGGAACAGCUGUGGGUCACGAGGAAUGUGAGUCUGUUCUUUUUAAGAGUUUGGAUGAGGACAUGGAACAGUGGACAUUGGUUUUUCCCCAAAGCUGGUGGUUUUGUGGAGGGGUAGGCUCUGUUUUGGUGGCAGAUCUUUCUUUCUUUUUGCACAUCUGUUUUAAUUUAAUAUUUGAAUAUGGACUUGGGAAAGAAUAUUUUAUAGGCUCACAUAGGGGUCAAAGCCUCCAGUCAGAAUGGCUUCAUGCCCGGAUGAAAAUAAAGCGUUCUUCUCCGUGGAUGCUGCCGAAGAUUCCAACCCCAGACCCAGGGGCUAGACGUGCACAGAUUGAUACUCCAGAUGACUCAGAGCAGCGGCACGCAAAGCUCAGAGGAAAUGGCAACGGGCUGCUCCCACUGUUGGCCAUUUGUCGCCCAUGUUGUUAUGAUGUGCUUAGGUAAUUAACAGAUGCGGUAUUAUGUGAGCCUAUGCUACUGUCAUUUUUAUCCAAGCAUUUUUAUGAUAUGUGGACUAUCGAUAAUGUGGUUUGCUUUGGUAUUUUUAAAAGAAGCACACAAAUUGAUGGUUAUUGGGAGGGCGGAGUGAGGAACUGGUGGGUUCAUAUGCACCCUGGGAAUGGUAUUUGAAAAUGAAUAGUACUCAAACUGCCCUUUUGUUACCUAUGACCUUGAAAAACGGAAUACUGACUUCAUCUUUUACAUAAGACUGAGUACUUCAUCCCUGAGAUGGAACUUAAUUCAUCAAUAAAUAAAAAUCCCCUGGCCCACUGGCAGUGUGUGACCACCUCCAGCACCUACUGUCCCAGCCGAGCACCACCGACACCUCACAGGAUGACCAAGAGGGGGCUGAGGGCUGCCAGGAGAGGAGGCAUGCUUGAAAAUCCAUCUUUAAAGAACCUUAAACCAAAUGAAAAUUUGGCUCAAAGGAUACCCAGCGAUCUGAUUGGAUAAUCUGGGGAAAGAGCAAGUGUGGGGACAGAAGCGGUUGUAAUAGGAGAGGCCGGAUUUUCUAGGUUUGGGGGGAAGGAGAGACCAAAGGCAAAGACUUGGUUUGGUUGGCAGGCCCAUGGAGGUGCUGUUUGGUUCUUAACUUAGCAAGUUAAGCACUCUGUUCAGGUUAGUCCCUGAUUAAGAUAAGUGAAAAUGGGGGCUGAGGCUGUAGCUCAGUGGUGGAGCACUUGCCUGGCAUGUGUGAGGCGCUGGGUUCCAUCCUCAGCACCACAUAAAAUAAAUAAAGGUCCAGUGACAACUAAAAAAAAAAAAAAAAAAAAAAAAAAGUGAAAAUGGUGAAUAACACUGAUAAAGUACCACAGAAAGAUUGAGAUUAGCUCAGCAGAAAGUUAUUUUCUGAACCACCACUUUCCCCCCUAACAACUAUGGUGGUUUCUAAGC